AUGAACGACGCCAAUAUCUAUGUCAGCAAUGGCACGUGCUAUUCCGCCGCCGGAAAGGAAUUGAAUGGAGAAUUCCUCCCCUGCGGCAACGAUGCAUUCGGACACCAGACGUGUUGCGGGAAAGGUGAUAACUGUCUAGCCGAUAACGCCUGUUUCGGCGUCCACGGCUCCGGAUAUGGUAGUUAUCUGACAUACAUGGCUGGCUGCAGCGACCCCGAAUACAAAGAUGCAAGCUGUCCGGACAAGAAGGGCAUCGACGACGGGCCAUGGAUCGCACUGACGCUCUGCGACGACAGCGGCGGUGAAUGGGCCGCCUGCUCGCAGGAAGGAAACCCGACAACCCUCCAGCCGGGUUCCUUCUGCAGCUGCACCGACGCGGCAUCGGCCACGGUGGCCUUCAAGGAUUCCACCAGCCUCGAGAACGUCGCUUCGCUGCCCCAAAGCACGGGGGCCAGCAUCCAAUUCUUCCCCGGCCACAUCCCCACAGCCCCCUCGUCGAGUACCAGUGCCGGGGGCACCACCAGGGCGUCCGGCACGGGCGCCGCAUCCUCGGCCAUGACCACGGGCCACCCCGUCUCUACCACCGAGAUCACCCAGUCCACACAGACAGCCACGAGCACGGAUCCGAGCGGGUCCGUCGUGACUGCGACCCGGACCAUAAUACUCACCUCCGCCAUAGACCCAACAAGCACCGGUAGUGCGGGUUCGGACGGCGGCACAAGCAGUGCCGGGACCAAGAUAGGCAUCGGCGUCGGCGUAGGUGUGGGGGUCGUGCUCCUGCUGGCCGCCCUGGCAGGGUUCAUCGUGAACCGUCGCCGCAGUCGUCGGAAUGCAGCAGUGGCGUCUGAGAUUGAAAAGGGUGGGAGCGGCGUCAAUGGCGGUGCCUCAAGACUGACGAAACCGGCAUCUGCGGACCCGAGGAUGUCGGAGGCCGAUGGGCAGGCCGUUUCGGAGGCUGAUGGCACGGCCGUCUCGAGGGCUAAUAGGCUCGGCAUGUCGGAAGCCGGCGGGAUGGCGGUGGCGCGGCCGUUCAGCAGUGAGCUAGAGGGCAGUCCCGUGACGCCGACCUCGGCGCAGAGCAGCGCGGGAGGCUUUGCGGGGCCGGGAGGUGUGAGGCGGAGUGGAGAGUUGAGCCCAGUUGCCGAGCUACCGGGAAGCAAUAGCUGGGGGAUGAACCGUCAAGCAACUGCUCAGGAGUCAGAAACGCCGGCGGCGAUCAAGGGUGCGGGCUAUGCGCCAAGGCCGGGACGUUCGAGAUGGGGCGAGGCAUGGAGAAAACGGUCAUCAUGA